AUGCCUUGCGAUGACGGUGUUUCCGGAGGUUUCGAAAAUUUGGACGUGGUUGAAAAAGCACUCAUGGAAGCAUCAUGGGACCAGCUUGAACAAAGGUUCCACGCGUGGAGCAGGCGGUUUGAAUUGACCAAGAAACACAUCGCUACGUGGGAAUACCAAGAGUGGACAUCACCACAUCUUAUGUAUCUCAAUUUGCAGCAGCAGUUCUGGAAGAUGAGCAUGACUCUCGAGCUGGACGACGAUUCAGAGCCAGAUCCUCGGACCGUCGAGGCUUACCUCGAUGCUGCGGAAACUUUUGCACAAAAGCUGAUCAUACCGGGCCAGCCUAGCUUCUCCCUCGACGGAGAUUUAAUCUCCAGUCUAUCCUUUGUCAUAUGGUGCUGCUCCGAGUCCCAUCACCGCUACCGCGCACUGAAUAUCCUUCGAGGUCUGAACAGGAGAGAGGGUAUAUGGGACAGCAAAGACCUCACCGAGCUGCACGAGGCAGCACUUGAGAUGGAAAAUCCAAAGGAGUGGUAUAAUAAGAUGAUUCCUGGUGGCGUGCCUGGCUUUAUGGCCGAACUAGCCAAGAGAUCUUCAAAGUACGGGCUGCAUAGGUCUAGGCUAUUGAUGGAGAAUCAUGAUAGUGGGUAUGAUGUCUUGUAUUAA